AUGAAUUUCGUUUUUUCAUUUUAUUUUUGCUAUUUAUUAAAUAAUUAUUUAAUUGCACAACAAAUUUCAAAUUCUAUAACAGAAUUACCACGUUUAUGUGCAUAUCAAAAUGAUCCAUCACAGUAUUAUCCAUGUGUAUUAAAUUAUAUUGGUCUUAGUAGUUGGUCAUUAUAUCGAUGUCCGAAUCGAUCAACAUUCGAUGAAACAUCACAACAAUGUUUAGUUAAAAUUCCUAUAAAUGAUGCAUUUGAACAAUUGGCUUUAUUACCAUCAACAGAAAUAGCACAAUUUCAUCGUGUAGCUAGUUUUAUUUUAGCUACACCUAUGCCAAAUGAUGAUCAAGAUUUAGAACGACAACAACAUAAAAGACUUGUUUCAUUACCACCAACUAUUGAAAAAUUAAUGGAACCAUUUUCAAUGAAGAAACUUUUACGAAAACGAGCUAAACGUGAUAUAACAGAACACUCAUCAGGCGUUAUAUGGUCAAAUGGUUCUCCAUUAAUGAAAAUAGAUGAUAAACCAAUUGUUCAAGAAAAAUCAUCGGUUAAUUCAAAAUUAGGGCAUUUCUCCAUUGUACAUCGUCAUCGUACUGCUAUUAAUGAAGACGAACUUAAAUACAAGAAAAUUUGUUAUUUUACCAAUUGGUCUCAAUAUAGACUUGGUCCAGCUAAAUUUGAACCCGAACAUAUUGAUCCAUUUCUUUGUACACAUAUUAUAUAUGCAUUUGCUUAUAUUAAUAAUCGAACAUUAUCAAUAAAUAAAGUUGAAGAAAAUGAUGAAGAUCUUUAUCGACGUGUCAAUGCGCUUAAAGUACGUAAUUCAAAAUUAAAAACAUUACUUGCUGUAGGUGGAUGGAAUAUGAAAUCAUAUGCAUUUUCAACAAUGGUACAUAAUAAUGAAAAACGACGAAAUUUUAUUUUUGAAACUAUUAAUUUUCUUCGAAAACAUAAUUUUGAUGGUUUAGAAAUUGAUUGGGAAUAUCCAGGUAUUCGUGGUGGUCAAAUAGAUGAUAAAUAUUAUUUUACCAUGUUUCUUCAAGAAUUCAAAGAUGCAGCAACAGCUCAAGCUAUAGUUACAGGUCAACCACGAUUAAUAUUAGCUGCAGCAGUUGCUGCGAAUCAAGAUAUUAUUGAACAUGGUUAUGAAAUAGAAAAAAUUUCAAAAAUAUUAGAUUUUAUCAAUAUUAUGACUUAUGAUUUUCAUGGUGCAUGGCAAAAUUAUACAGGAAUUCAUGCUCCCUUAUAUCGACGUUAUGAUGAACUUGACAGAGAUGGCAUACUUAAUCAAGAUUUUGGUAUUACAAUAUGGUUAAAAAAUGGUGCGCCAGCACAUAAACUUGUUCUUGGUGUUCCAUUAUUUGCUCGAAGUUUUUUAUUAGCACAAUCUGAUAAAAAUAAACUUCGAUCACCAACAAUUGGAAAUGGUACUGCAGGUCCAUUUACACGUAGUGCUGGUUUUCUUUCUUAUUUUGAAGUUUGUCUACUACAAACAGAUAUAAAAUGGCAAAAACGUGUUGUAUCCGAUGGUUCAGAAUCUGAAUAUAUGUUUAAAGAUCGUGAAUGGAUAUCCUAUGAAACAAUUGAUAAUAUUCGAAAACGUGCUGCUUAUGUAGUUGCUAAUAAUUUAGGUGGCAUGUUUGUUUGGUCUCUUGAUAUGGAUGAUUUUAAUGGAGCAUUUUGCAAUAAUGGUACAUAUCCAUAUAUUAAAAAUUCUUUAGCCCUUUUACCAACAACUAUGCCAUCAUAUGUUUAA